AUGCCCCAGACAAGCUCCAUCACCCUAGAAGAGAUGAGAAAUGCAGAACGCAGUGUGAUUCAGUUUGUUCAGAGGCGGCAUUUUCUGGAGGAGAUAACCGCCCUGGAUGAGGAGAACAAGACUGGUGGCGGUGUGCAAGACACGAAAAAGAGGUUCGUGAAGAAACCCAGUUCGAUAAGUGAUCUGGAUACUGUAAUGACAGACGGUUUGCUUCGAGUAGGAGGUCGCUUGAGAUGCGCUCCUUUAGAUGAUUCGCUCAAGUUUCCGGUCAUUCUUCCAAGGCACCAUCACCUGGUGAAUCUCAUUGUAAAGCACUAUCAUGAUGUAUCCGGGCACAGUGGCCGAGAGCAUGUGCUUGGGCUGAUACGGCAGCAGUUCUGGAUCAUCAAAAGGAGAGUGACGGUGCGACGCGUGCUCAAGUCCUGCUUUAGUUGCAGGCGAAGGCAGCAGCCCCCAUGUCAGCAACGGAUGGCGGACCUGCCGGUAGGUAGAGUCACUCCAGACAAACCUCCGUUCUUGUGUGUCGGGAUUGACUGCUUCGGCCCAUUUAUGGUUAAGCGGGCAAGAAGUGAGGUGAAACGAGGUGCACCUGAAGAGAUCAGAUCGGAUAAUGGAACAAACUUUACCGGCGCCGAAAGAGAGUUGAAGGUAGCCAUAGCAGAGUGGAAUCACAAGACGAUUCAUGAAUUUCUGCUGCAACGAGAUGUGCGCUGGAUUUACAAUCCCCCAGCCGCCUCGCACAUGGGAGGUGUAUGGGAAAGGAAUAUACGGACGGUGCGGAAGGUCCUUGCUGCCUUGCUAAAGCAGCAAGUACUAGAUGACGAGGGUUUGGCUACCCUCUUUGCGGAAGUUGAGGCUAUAGUGAACGGACGCCCGCUAACUGGAGUGUCAGAUGACCCGCAAGACAUGGAAGCGUUGACGCCUAAUCAUCUCUUGCUAAUGCGAGCAGGCUCGUCGCUUCCCCCUGGAGUCUUUAGUAAAGAGAAUGUGUACUCGCGCAGACGAUGGAAGCAAGUUCAGUACCUUCCCUCCAGCGGCGGUCCAAGUCGCAACGCACGAGACGCAACGCUCGCGGUGAUUCACGAUGGAUCGCGUCGCGAUCAGUGGAAACACGUGGUCACAUCUCCCAACCCUGCUGAUGAUGCGUCACGUGGCCUGUCCGCCAGUGAGAUCUUGAGAAGUGAUCGAUGGCUAACAGGGCCUGGUUUCUUGUGGCAAGGCGAAGAUACAUGGCCCAAGUUUCCUGAAGGCUUGAAAGAUCUGGAGGAUGAUGACCCGGAGGUUAGGCGAGAGGAACAGGUGAAUGCCACAUCCGCCGAGGAAGCACCGGGACUGGAUGAGCCCAUACGCCGAUACUCAUCGUGGAACAGCGUGAAGAAGGAUGUGGCGUGGUUGCUGAGGUAG